CGUAUCAACGGGGACAUUAGGAGGCCUCUUAGAUGCAAUUUCAAUUAACGGAAAUACAAGAACAUUUGCAUUGACCAAUCGACAUGUUGUCGCAACGUUGAAGGUUAACGAUGAUGUUUUCGUUUGUAAUAGAGCAGCAAGCGCAACUGAACAACCGGAACAAGGUAUAGCUUCAUCAAGUCAAGACGAACUUGCCGAAUACAACAUGAAACCCAUCGGACAACUGAGAACGUAUAUCGAUACCACAGGAGCAACGCCAUAUAAAGAAAGACCAACUAGAUUAUCUAAAACAUAUGACAUCGCACUAAUUGAACUAAACGCUCACCCUUUCAAUCGAAGUGAAUACCGUAGAUGCAAGCUUAUUAAACAUAAAGAACUCAUACGUGAAGGCCCAAGCAGCGAUAUAAUGCAAGUCCAAAAAACGGGCUGCACUACGAAUCGCACCUAUGGUAGAAUAACAGAGACAAAUUGUAGCCAAAGAAUAGUUUAUCUCGAUCCUUUUGGAAAUACGCAAACAGCUGAUCUCCAUGGUGUCAUUGAAAUUGAAAAUGAAAUUCCAAUGGAUGAAGAUGCUCAAGACAAACACUUUGCAGAAAGUGGAGACAGCGGCGCAAUCAUAGUUGCUGAAAAUGGGACUCCAAACAAUUACGUCGCCAUAGGAAUGUUUACAUUCUAUUCCAAUGAUAAUGAGAACAACAACCAAAGUAGGGCAUAUGCAUUUCCAAUAUAUGAUGCGCUUGCUCAACUACAUAGACGCGAGCCACAAGUACUCGGUGAAGACACAAUGCAUUUGUAUGCGCAUAUAUAGGUUUCUACAGAAUGAUGA